CGGUCUUGCGCGUUUGUCAUCUGGCGCCAUGGCGGCGGAGAAGAAGCGGCUUUCUGUGAAGGAAGCUUUUCGGCUGGCGCAGCAGCCGCACCAGAACCAGGCGAAGCUGGUGGUGGCGCUGAGCCGCACGUACAGCGCGGGGGAUGAUAAAACAGCUUUUCAGGAGGAGUUUGUUCAUUACCUUAAAUAUGCCCUGGUGGUAUAUAAACGCGAGCCUGCUGUGGAGAGGGUCAUCGACUUCGCUGCCAAGUUUGUUACUUCAUUUCACCAGUCUGAUCAGGAAGAAGAGGAAGAGGAGGAUGGUGGCAUUUUAAAUUAUUUGUUCACUUUUCUAUUAAAGUCUCAUGAAGCAAACAGCAGUGCAGUCAGAUUUAGAGUAUGCCAGCUCAUUAAUAAGCUUCUGGGGAGUAUGCCAGAAAAUGCCCAAAUUGAUGACGACCUGUUUGAUAAAAUUAAUGAAGCCAUGCUUAUUAGAUUGAAAGAUAAGAUUCCAAAUGUGAGAAUACAAGCGGUUUUGGCUCUCUCUCGACUCCAAGAUCCCAAGGAUGAUGACUGCCCAGUAGUUGAUGCGUAUGUUACUAUGAUAGAAAAUGAUUCAAAUUCAGAAGUUAGACGUGCAGUGUUAUCCUGUAUUGCACCAUCAGCAAAGACUUUGCCAAAAAUUGUGGGGCGUACAAAGGAUGUAAAGGAGGCUGUCAGAAAGCUGGCUUAUCAGGUGUUAGCCGAAAAAGUUCAUAUAAGAGCUAUGUCCAUUGCUCAGAGAGUACUGCUUCUUCAACAAGGUCUUAAUGACAGGUCAGAUGCUGUGAGACAAGCAGUGCAGAAGCAUCUUCUCCAAGGCUGGCUGCGCUUCACCGAAGGAAAUAUCUUGGAGUUACUUCAUCGGUUAGAUGUGGAAAAUUCUUUUGAUGUGGCAGUCUCUGUUCUUAAUUCCUUAUUCUCAGUGACUCCUCUCAGUGAACUGGUCGGAAUCUGUAAAAACAAUGAUGACAGGAAGUUGAUUCCAGUGGAAACAUUAACUCCUGAACUUGCUUUGUAUUGGCGUACCCUUUGUGAAUAUUUGAAAUCAAAAGGAGAUGAAGGUGAAGAGUUUUUAGAGCAGAUUUUGCCAGAGCCUGUAGUAUAUGCAGAGUAUUUACUGAGUUACGUCCAGAGCUUCCCAGUAGUUAAUGAAGAACAGAGAGGUGAUUUUACCUACAUUGGAAAUUUGAUGACAAGAGAAUUUAUAUGUCAGCAAUUGAUUCUAAUUAUAAAAUCUCUGGAUACCAGUGAAGAAGGAGGAAGGAAACGACUGCUGGCUAUUUUGCAGGAGACUCUUACACUGCCUACAACCCCAAUUUCCUUAGUUACUUUUAUUGUCGAGAUACUCCUCCACAUCAUCUUAGAUGAUAAUAAAAGGAUACAGAUUGUCACAGAAAUUAUCUCAGAGAUUCGUGCACCCAUCGUUACUGUUCGUGUUGAUCCAUCUGAUACUAGAAAAAAGGAACUCAAGAUAGCUGAAAUAAAAGUUAAGCUUAUUGAGGCUAAAGAAGCUUUGGAAAAUUGCAUUGCUGUACAGGAUUUUGACCAGGCAUCAAAAUUAAAAGAAGAGAUAAAAACUUUGGAAGAUGCCAAAAUAAACCUGCUAAAAGAGACAGAGCAACUUGAAAUUAAAGAAGUUCACACAGAAAAGAAUGAUGCUGAAACAUUACAGAAGUGUCUUAUUUUGUGCUAUGAACUGUUGAAGCAGAUAUCCAUUUCAACUGGAAUUGGUGCAACCAUGAAUGGGAUCAUUGAAUCUUUGAUUCUUCCUGGAAUAAUAAGUGUUCAUCCUGUAGUAAGAAAUCUGGCUAUUUUGUGCUUGGGAUGCUGUGGACUACAGAGUCAGGAUUUUGCAAGUAAACACUUUAUGUUAUUCUUACAGGUUUUGCAAAUUGAUGACAUCACAAUAAAAAUCAGUGCUUUAAAGGCAAUCUUUGACCAGCUGAUGACAUUUGGGAUUGAACCAUUUAAAACUAAGAAAGCUAAGACCGUCCAGUGUGAAGGUGCAGACAUAAACAGUGGUGAUGAAGAAGAAGAAGCAGAAGAUGCUGAAGAGACCGCCACAGCUAAGAAUGUUCUCAAACUCCUCACCGACUUCUUAGAUAGCGAGGUGUCUGAACUCAGGACAGGAGCUGCAGAAGGAUUAGCCAAGCUGAUGUUCUCUGGGCUUCUGGUCAGCAGCAGGAUUCUUUCUCGUCUUAUUUUGUUAUGGUAUAAUCCUGUGACUGAAGAGGAUGUCCGACUUCGACAUUGUCUAGGCGUGUUUUUUCCCAUGUUUGCUUUUGCAAGCAGGACUAAUCAAGAAUGCUUUGAAGAAGCCUUUUUUCCAACUCUGCAAACGCUGGCCAGUGCCCCAGCGUCAUCUCCUUUAGCUGAAGUAGAUGUCACAAAUGUUGCUGAGUUGCUCAUUGAUCUGACAAGACCAAGCAGAUUGAAUCCUCAGGGGAAGAAUUCCCAAGAUUAUCAGGCCUUAACAGUACAUGACAAUUUGGCUAUAAAAAUUUGUAAUGAGAUCCUCACAAGUCCAUGCAAACCAGAAAAUCGGGUUUAUACAAAAGCUUUGAGUUCUAUAGAACUCAGUAGCAGUGUUACAAAAGAUCUCCUGCUUCUAUUGGAUGAGAUUCUGGAGCAAGUAACAGAUAGAACAUGUCUGAGAGCUUUGGAGAAAAUCAAGAAUCAGUUAGAAAAAGGGACUAAAGAACUGGACCAGGUUGUAGUAGCACAGGACCAAGCACAGGAUACCAACACGACUACAGCUCUUCAGAAUGAAGAUGAAGCAUAUAUGACUCCUUUGAGGGAUGUAAAAGGAGCUCAGACAUCAAAAUCCACACAACGAAAGACUAACAGAGGACGGAAAAAAGCGCCACCUUCAUCUAGGACUAACAGGAGGCGUCAGGCUCCUGAGACUGACUCCGAAAGUGAUCAUGGUGUUCCAGAACCACCUUCAGAAGUGAAGAUGAGAUUACCAAGACGAGCCAAAACAGCAGCACUAAUGAAAAGUAAACUUAGUCUUGCACAGCUUAUUAAUGAAGAUCCAAGUUAAGAGAGCUGAUGAGGAUGGAGUCCUUUGAAGUUGUGCUUAUUUUUUUGCUUUAAUAGUUACUGUAGUAAAAAUAAGAAAUGCUUGCUGUGUUUCCGGAAACAUGGAGUGUUGCCACAUAAUUUUGGCAUCUGCCAGUGUGAUUCAUCUGCAUGAAUACAUGCUUGUUUUUAUUAGACUGUUAAGUGGAUCUAGGAACCUACUCUUAAAUAGGUUCCCUUGGUGAACCUUAUGAAACUAUGACAUUUGGAAAGAUUUGUAAUAAGCCCAGUAGCUUAUAUUUGAGAAGCUUAGAUAGAGUAGAUCUAACAUAGGUGACGGUGUCAGACAUCAAACAAAUGGCAUUUGAAGGGUGAAGUAUGUACGUAUAGUUUUAAAGAAGUGCCUAUUACCAUUGAGGACUGGUAUAAUGAACCAAAGCAUUCCUUAUUUACAUUAAACAAUGGCUUUGAGAAUUGUAGGAUUUCUAUACUAAGUAUUUAUUUGAUAAUCUUACCUCAAUGGGUAAUUUUCUCUUCCUAAAGCGUUCCAUAUAGGAACCCUUGUUUAUGAAUGUUUCUGGGAUUAGGGAGAUGUCCACACACAUUAAUCAUGAAGACAGUGGUUUUUGGCACAUCAAAAUAUAAUCUACCUGGAAUAAUAAACAAUACUAAUGGGAAAUGAAAGUUAUAAGAAGUCAUCUUUAUAGACUGAUUUAUGAGCAGUUUUUUUGCUAUCAAUUUCAGUUAUCUUUUAAAAUUGUCACUUAUAAAACAAAUGUUUUGAAAAUUGCAUUGUAUAAAAGUAGACCUUUAUUUCUGCCAUAUCCAAUGAAAUACCUUUUAUUAUUCCUGGUAAUGACCUUUUCUCUUUAUUUUGGAUAAAAAUGUCCUAAUGUGAAUUUUUUAUAAAUUGUGCUUCUUUAAAUUUAUUUGCCAGAGGCUAUUUAUUUUAGCUGAUGUUCUGAGAUGGAGUGAAGGUAAUAUUGCUGGUUUUUAGAACCAAAAGGCUGUUCUAUAUACAUAAUAUGUGCUUUAUAGAACUCGGAAAAGGAGUCAAAGUCACAAAGCGAGAAUGCUCAUUAAGUAAAACGAAAAGGCAUGUAUGUUAAUGAUAUAAACCAGUGAAAAACACUGUUCUUCAUCUCUCGGUUCUGUGUCUUUUCCUGUGCUUCAUAUUUCUUAUUGUUAAACCUCCUGUUAAAUCCUUGCCUUAAAAAAAUUCAUGGAGAAUAGGAAUGAAUUACGAUCUCAUUUAUAUAUAUGUAGAAUAUCCAAAAGGAAAGAUGCUAUGAUCAUGUAGACACUGUACCAAAGCUUGCUUUUCUGACAUAGGAAAAGCAGCUUUUAAUCACUAAACCAUUAGUAGUAGUCUUAACUACUCAGAUUUAGGCAAUAGCCAUGGCUGCAGGUGUACUUUGCAUCAUUAGAUUAGUAAGGAAUAUUGUCCAGCUUCUAUAGGAUAUCCCUGUAAGCUUUGGAGUAAACUGCUAAAAGACAGUAAAACCAACAGGUAUAAAAGCAGUUAACCUUUUUUUUUUCAUUCAAAAUUGUUAACUUAAACCAGUGUUCUUGUUUACCAUGAGGUACAAAUUUGCUGAAGAGUAAACAUGCAAUUGUGCCAUUGCUCUUAUAGCUCACAGAUGAGAGAUUUAAAUUACAGAAAGAGAACCAAUAACCUAAAUUUUCUUUUUACGAAUGAAAACAUGCUAUUUGAUAAGC